AUGACAUCUGAAUUCCCUUUAUUCCUGCUUCCAAUGCUUGUUUUGAAUCGAAUUCUGAAAUUGAUGACUCCUUUUGAAUUAGUUGCCAUUUCACUGUGCAGUAAGAAAAGUAAAAUGGUGUGCAAGUCUGCACGAAGUCAAAUGGAAUGUAAGAAUGGAACAAAGGAAUUCACAUUAAAAUUCUCAUUGAACAAAGAAAUUCGUUUGAAGUUUGAUUACCAUCCACGUUUAGAGUGGGUAUUCAAACUGGAAUGUUUUCCAAAAAUCAAUAAUAUCCCACCAGGAAAAAACUUUCUACAAAAGUUCAAAACCUUUUUCCGUAAAAAAGAGCAAGCGAGCUGUAAAGCUGCUUAUACAAGAGUGACAAAUGAUUUAUUUAUAAACACCUGGAUUCCAACUGAAGAUGAUACGACAUCAGAACACUCUCUCCAAUUAUUCACAUCAGAAGAAGAUCAAUGGUCGAAUACGAACUCAUUUAUUCAACAUUUAUCUGAUAUUCUCAACGUAUCAUUGUGGACAAUUGAACUUCAUUUCCAAGAUUUCAUACGGGAGGAAAACGAGAGAAUUAUCGAUUUUUACUACAGUGACCACGAAAACAAAACAGCUGUCAAAUCAUUGACACUUAUUGGAAAAUACUGGAAUACACCAGAAGAUGAUGAGGUUGUUGAUUCAAUUCUUCAACGUCAAGAGGCCAAAAUCAAGUUGAAACUCAUCAUGAAACCGACUUCUGAGUUCAAAUUUCGAUCAGAGUAUUUGCGGAACAAGCUGAACUUUCUGAAAGUUCAACAUUCUCAUUGGAUCAGUUUUGAUCAACUACUCGAGAUUGAUCCUUUUCUUAUCAUUUUAAAUGAGUCAACUUUCACGAAGAUUCACUUAAAGUCAUUGUUUGAGAAAUGGAGUAGCGGAUGGACUCCAAAAUGGAGAGUCAGCAUGAUAAAGUAUGCUGAGACUGUUGAUAUUGAUGACUGCUUCAAUGAAUUGGAUGCGAUGGGAAGCUUUUCUAAUAUUCGAAUACAUAGGGAAGAAGAAACAUAUGAUGGCUAUCCAAUUGAAGAAACAAAGACUACGCGAUACUUUCUUCGUCGUGCUGAUGGAACAAUUGGAGUACUUUCUCUGGAGGGAACUUCAUUUGGAACUUUUUUUAUCUUUAUGGAAGUUGAAGAAAACGUUAUAGUUUUUCCUCAUUUAUACCAGUCAUGA